CGAGGGAAGGCAGGCGGCUGGCUGGGGCCCGGCGUGGGAGGCCAGCGGAGCAGCAGCUGCAGAAGCGGGCAGUGGCGGAGAGGGAAUGGUGCGGGGAGGCGCCGAGAAGGAGGCGCAGCCCGACCCUCUCGGGGUUUGUGAAUGAGGCUCUGCCCGGGCGGCCCGGGGACUGUGUGCUGCGGAUCCCAGCAUGAGCGCGGGCCCCGGCUGGGAGCCCUGCGCCAAGCGACCCCGCUGGGGCGCCGCUGCAAGCUCUCCGCCGGCCCGCUCGGACGCCCGGAGCUUCCCCGGCAGGCAGGGGCGCGUCCUCGACCCCAGGGACGCGUCCGUGCAGUGCAGGGCCCCACCGUCCUCGCCAGGCUGCGUCCCCGGGCGGGCGGGACCGCACAGAGGCAGCACCACCUCGCUUGUUCUCAAACAAACGACUAUUACCAGUUGGAUGGACUCUAGAGGAACCAAGAGUGCUGAAUCAGAAAGCUUGCGUAGUAAAGAGAACAACAAUACGAGAGUAGAAUCCAUGAUGAGUUCUAUACAAAAAGAUAACUUUUACCGACAUAACAUGGAAAAAUUAGAAAACAUCUCUCAGUUAAAUCUUGCUAAGUCACCCAUUGAAAAAAGUACACAGUAUUUGAACCAGCAUCAGACCGCAACUGUGUGUAAGUGGCAAAAUGAAGGCAAGCAUACGGAGCAGCUUUUGGAGGGUGAACCUCUAACAGUAACUCUGGUACCAGAGCAGUUCAGUAAUGCUAAUGUUGGUCAGUCACCUCAAAACGAUGACCACAGUGACACGGACAGUGAAGAAGAUAGAGAUAAUCAACAAUUUUUGACACCUGUAAAGCUUGCAAAUGCAAAGCAGACUGCUGAAGAUGACCGGGCCAGAGGAGCCAGAAUCAGCCGGAAGUUCAGCAAGUCUUCCCAUGCUGUGGGAGAUUGUGCCAGCUGUCAGCAAGAAGAGAUCGACGUGCCAGAGAGUCCACUGUCAGGUGUUGGUUCAGAGGACAUCGGUACUGGACCGAAAAAUGCCCAAAAAUUGAGUGGACAGGAAAGUAGCCUAGGAAAUUCUCCUCCACUUGAAAAGGAAAGUGAACCCGACUCACCAAUGGAUGUAGAUAACUCCAAAAAUAGUUGUCAGGACUCCGAAGGAGAUGAAGAGACAAGUCCAGGUUUUGAUGAACAGGAAGAUGGACCUUCCUCCCAAACAGCACAUAAACCUUCAAGGUUUCCAGCAGGAGAAACGGACACUGAAGCGAAGAAGCGGCACUCUACUAAGGGAGGGGAGGUGGGAUUACAUUUCCGGUUUGAAGGUGGAGAGAGUCGCCCCGGAAUCAACGAUUUAAACACCAGACUACCUGGAAGUACUCCUGGUCUGAAUGUAGAAUGUAGAAAUUCUAAGCAACAUGGAAAAAAGGACUCUAAAAUCACAGAUCAUUUUCCAAGAACAUCCAAAGCAGAGGACAAAAGAAAAGAACAGUGUGAAAUCAGACAUCAAAGAACAGAAAGGAAGAUCCCUAAAUACGUUCCGCCUCACCUUUCUCCAGAUAAGAAAUGGCUUGGAACUCCUGUUGAGGAGAUGAGGAGGAUGCCUAGGUGUGGACCCCGGCUGCCUCUCCUGAGACCCUCUGCCAAUCACACAGUAACUGUUCGUGUGGAUCUUUUGCGAGCAGGAGAAGUUCCUAAACCUUUUCCAACACAUUAUAAAGAUUUGUGGGACAACAAGCACAUUAAAAUGCCUUGUUCAGAACAAAACUUGUACCCUGUGGAAGAUGAGAAUGGUGAGCGAACUGCAGGGAGCCGGUGGGAGCUCAUUCAGACCUCACUUCUCAACAAAUUUACGCGGCCCCAAAACCUGAGGGACGCUAUACUGAAAUACAAUGUGGCAUAUUCUAAGAAAUGGGACUUUACAGCUUUGGUUGAUUUCUGGGAUAAGGUACUUGAAGAAACAGAAGCUCAACAUUUAUAUCAGUCCAUUUUGCCUGAUAUGGUGAAAAUUGCACUCUGUCUGCCCAGUAUUUGCACCCAGCCACUACCACUCCUGAAGCAGAAGAUGAAUCAUUCCAUCACAAUGUCACAGGAACAGAUCGCCAGCCUUUUAGCUAAUGCUUUUUUCUGCACCUUUCCACGACGAAAUGCUAAGAUGAAAUCGGAGUAUUCUAGUUACCCAGAUAUUAACUUCAAUCGGUUGUUUGAAGGACGAUCAUCAAGGAAACCAGAGAAGCUUAAAACACUCUUCUGCUACUUUAGAAGAGUCACAGAGAAAAAACCUACUGGGUUGGUGACAUUUACAAGACAGAGUCUUGAAGAUUUUCCAGAAUGGGAAAGAUGUGAGAAGCCCCUGACUCGGUUACAUGUCACUUAUGAAGGCACUAUAGAAGGAAAUGGCCAAGGCAUGCUCCAGGUGGAUUUUGCAAAUCGUUUUGUUGGAGGUGGUGUAACUAGUGCAGGACUUGUGCAGGAAGAAAUCCGAUUUUUAAUCAAUCCUGAGUUGAUUGUAUCACGACUCUUCACGGAGGUGCUGGAUCACAAUGAAUGUCUUAUCAUCACAGGUACUGAACAGUACAGCGAGUACAUGGGCUAUGCCGAAACAUACCGCUGGGCGCGGAGCCAUGAAGACGAGGGUGAGAGGGACGACUGGCAGAGGCGCUGCACUGAGAUUGUUGCCAUUGACGCACUUCACUUCAGACGCUACCUCGAUCAGUUUGUGCCUGAGAAAAUCAGACGCGAGCUUAACAAGGCCGUAAAAGGAGCCCGGGUGAUGCCAUGGCUGCAGUUUGAACUUCCCAGCAGCCCUGCGAGAGAAAAGACCUGGGAUCUGCUCCCAUGAAGAUUACAGCCUAGGAAACCCAGUUCUGCUCUGUCCUGUAGGGUUGCUAUGAUUCGGAAUGGACUCGAAGGCACACCACAGCAACAUUCUUCCAGUCCUGAAUAAGCCAAAUGAAUCCAGUGUCCAAUCAAGUGUGUAACAACAGACGAAACCAUCUGAAGCAGAUGGGUUGAUCUUUAAUAUAUAGUAAUAUAGUUCUGUAUUUGUUUUCAGCCUGCAAUCAUUUAUGUCAAUAUGCAGUUAGGUCUGAUUUAUAAUUCUUAAAAGGUUGUUUUCAGUCAAAUGCAGGUAAAUUUGGGGUAGCUUUUGGUUAUAGAAGUAACAAUAGUAAAAGUAAUCACAGUCUUUCAAUGAUUGCUUACCAUAUCUGUCACUUAGUACUUUAAAUACUUUGUCUGAGUUAAUCCUAGUCACCCAGUGAGGUGUAGCUACUGUUCUUAUUUCCAAUUUAGAGACUCAGUUUAUUGAACUGAGCCUCAGGAAGCUAAAUAACUUGCCCAAGGUUAUACAGCUAGGCAGUGACAAAGCCAGACUUUUCACCUGGCUCAGUCAAAUCAUUGAGAAUAUUCCCUGCAUUUGGUCAGCACAUGAUCUCCUUCCUACCAGCAUAUGUUGGGGUCAUCUCUUUUCUUUCAGUCAUAUUCUUCACUGUGAGCAAGGUACAUGUUAAAUCCUUUCCUCGCUAUUCUUUUCUCUUUGAAUCCUGGGUUCAGAAGAUUUUCUUUGUCAAAGAAAUUUGAAGGUUUUUCCCCCAAAUCUAUUUAUUAAAUUCCUACGAGACAAGGACAUACCACAGGUGGCAUAUAGCCUUAUUAAACACAUGGGCUAACAUUGAGAAAGCACCGAGUUCAGUACUUGGCACGUGGGAAGGCAUUUGAUAGAUGCGUAUCCUUUCAUUCACUGCUUUAUUCACCCAAAAAUUGUUCUGUUAGCAAAGAAUUUGUUUUCUAAUUUUUUUUAUUGAAGAAGGAAAAAGCAAGAAAUAAUUUUUGUUAACUGUUAUUGACAACUUAAUUAGAAAACUAAUCCAAAUAACUUUGGAUGUUCUAAAUUAAAGCAUCCCAUAAUUUAUUAAUUAAAUUCACCUAUUAAAAUGGAAUUCUGAAUUCUGGUACAAGCAACAGGGAACUUGCCAUGAACUGACAGCACACCUUGGAGAGAAUACUAAAUUAAAUGCUGUACAUCUCAUUACAGUCUGUAAAUGUGGGUUUAAAGCACAAGUCUGUAUGAAAUCUCUUCAGAGACGACUUGUGUAAUUCUACUUUUUUUUUUUUUUUUUGUCAU